GGGCCCAGGCGUCCGGCUUCCUGCCGGGCGGGGCCGCGGAGCGAGCGGAGGCGGCAGGUCUGGGAGCCGUCACCCACCGUGGUGCCAUGUGGGACCCCAACUCCGGGCAGCCGGGAGCCCCCAACCCCAUGUACCCCCCCCAGCCCACGUACCCCCCCAACCCCACGUACCCCCCCCAGCCCCUGCCCCCCCUGAACCCCGUCUACCCCCCCCAGCCCCCUUACUCCCACCCCGGGGUGCCCCCGCCGGGGCCAAUGGGGGGCCCUGCGCCGCCCCCCGGCCCCCUCCCGUACCCACCGGGGCCCCCGGGGUGCCCCCCGGUGCUGCCCCCCCACCCCGGCGCCCCCCACCCCGGGCUGGACGCCAAGGCGGCGAAGAAGAUGAAGAAGCGGCUGAAGAAGGCGCAGAAGAAGCACAAGGCCGGGAAGCGCUCUUCGUCCUCCUCGUCGUCGUCCUCCUCCUCCUCCUCCAGCGACUCCGACUGAUGCCACCGCCGCUGCGGAGCACCCGUGUCCGGCUGUGACCACCCACGUCCACCCGAGCCCACCCGUGUGUCUGUGACCACCCAUGUCUGCCUGGGUCCACCCGUGUCCACCUGUGUCCAGCCAUGACCUCCCAUGACCACCUGAGCUCACCCACGUGCACCUGGGGCCACCCAUGUCCACCUGUCCGGCCAUGACCACCCACAACCACCUGAGCUCACCCAUGUCCACCUAGGACCACCCGUGUCCACCUUGGAUCACUCAUGCACCUGUGUCUACCUGUGACCACUUGUGUCCACCUGGGGCCACCCAUGUCCGCCUGGGACCACCCGUGUCCACCUGAGCUCACCCAUGUCCACCUGUGACCACUCGUGCACCCAUGACCAGCUGUUUACCCACGACUGCCCAGCACCCAGGACCACCCGUGUCCAGCCAUGACCACCCGUGUACUCGUGACCACCAGGCACCCAAGACCACUGAGCACCUGGGACUGGCUGUGACCACCCGUGGACCCGUGACUGCUGAGCACCAGUGUCCAGCUGUGACCACCCAUGAUCUCCAGGCCAGCUGUGCCCAGCUGUGCCCAUAGUGUCCCCAUGGCCGUGGUGGCCCAUGUCCCCUCACCCUAUGGGCACGGGGUGUGUGGGGGGGUCCUGGAUACUGGUGUGGGUGCCACGGGGUGCAAUGGGUGCC